UUGAGUUUCUUGUUACUUCAGUUUUCAGUGCAUACAGACCUAGGACGGGUUAUUAGAACUAUCAUUGAUGAGUUCAAGAACAACCCACCACAGGUCUUACCUCCUGUUUCAUCAGGUGGCCAGCUACCUUACCCUUCACAUCCUCCUCAAUAUAUGGGAACUAACAGCCCAUACCCUAGUACUUCCUACCCCUCCUCCACCAGUAGCUACAUGCCUCAGGUUCCCAUGCCGACGCUGCCAUCUACAUCCACUACUACCACUCCUACAGCCAGGCCGGAGGUCCGUGUGCAAGGCAACUUCUCUCCUGUACAAUUUAAGUAUAAGAUGCCGGAUAUUCCUGAGUCUUUUGAAGAAGUCAACUCACUCAGUGUUGCUGAGCUGAAGGAGCUCCAUGACAACGAGACCAAGGUCGUUGACCUCUUCAGCAGCCUGCCCCAGUGUCAGCAGCUUUACCAGGACAGAGACAAGCUCAAUGAUGCCACAGAACAGCUAGCAAGACAGAACCUGGAUAAACAGCCGAUGCUGGAGCUGAAGAAGAAGGAGUUGAUAGAGAAGGUGGAUGAACAGAACGAGCUGAGGAGAGCGUUCGACAAGAGUUCACAGAGACAGAAUGACCUGAUGGAUCAAUUUAAGCCCGCCAUGAUCCAAGCUAACCUGAAGGUGGCAGCCCAGCAGGCAGAGGAGGAGUCUGAUGUCAUCGCAGAGGACUUCCUGGAGGGCAGGAUGGAAAUGGAUGAAUUUCUACAGAAAUUCAUGGAAAAAAGAGUGCUGUGCCAUACCCGCCAUGCAAAAGAAGAGAAGUACCAGCAACUAAUGGCCAACAGACCACUUAGAUCUACAAUGACAAUGUAGUGUAAA